AUGAGCAACUGUUGCAAGAUCAAUGGCUGCAGCAAUCAACCCAAUAUUCUGGCUGUCAUUUUUGACCUAGAUGGCACACUUCUUGAUACUGAAAGGGCUACAAGGGGUGUGUUGAAUGAGUUGUUGGGAAAGUAUGGGAAGGAAGUGAAUAAGGAAAGGGAAGAAAAGAAAAGGUUAGGAAUGACUCAGAAGGAAUCAGCAGCUUUAAUUGUUAAGGAUUAUCAACUCUCAUUAACUCCUGAACAGUUUAUAAAAGAAAUUAACCCUCUCUAUAUUCAAAGGUGGAGAGAAGCCAAAGCAUUGCCUGGUGCUAACCGAAUCAUCAAACAUUUCCUGAAAAAUGGUGUUCCGAUGGCUCUUGCUUCAAACUCUUUGAGGGAAUACAUAUAUGCAAAGAUUCCUUACCAUGAAGGUUGGACAGAAAGCUUCUCUGUAAUUCUAGGAAAUGACCAGGUUAAAUUUGGGAAGCCUGCUCCUGAUUUGUUUGAAGAAGCUGCCAAGAGAAUGGGCGUAAAUGCAACGAACUGCCUUGUGUUUGAAGAUUCCUUGGUUGGUGUCAAAGCAGCUCACGCUGCAAAAAUGAAGAUAGUCGCAGUACCAUCUCGCGGCGAAUCGGAUUGUUGUAAGCUGGCAAAUGUUACUCUUAAUUCACUUUUAGAGUUUCAACCUGAGCAAUGGGGCCUUCCACCUUUUGAUGAUUGGGUUGAUAGCACAUUGCCUAUUGAGCCAAUUCAUCUCAGCGGUUUGUAUGUUACAGGAUCUCUCCUUGAAACCAAAGAGAAUAUAACAUUCGGUAUUCCUGAUCAAGUUAUUGGGAUUUACUUCGGUUGGGCCAAAGUUGAUACAGAUACGAACUUCAAGACAUUGGUUAGCAUUAGUUUGGACUUGUCAAGUGUUUCAAACAAAAAAGUAAGUGUUUGGUUUAUUGAUGCAAACACCGACAUUAAAUCUGAGCAGCAGAUACAAAUCUGUCUUGUUGGCUACAUAAGAGCAUGGGAUAACAAGAAACUUGGGUCAGUGGAAAUGGAGAAACUUGAAGAAUACAAGUCCAUUGCAAAAGCUUCACUAGAUUUGCCAUCAUUAAGUAGUUUUUGA